AUGGCAGGGAAAGUUGUGGAGGCUGGUGGCUACACUUUGCACGUCCGCAGUAUCGCCGGCAUUGAAUCUUGUUGCUACGUCGACUCUAUUGACGUGGCCUUCGACCUCGGCUGCCUCAUUGACCGCGUCGUGAACAAGUCGCACGUGUUCAUCACCCACGGCCACGUCGAUCACAUUGGCGCCUUAGUCGCUCAUGCUGCGCGACGAGCACUUCAGAAGCAAAAGCCGGCAAAGUAUUUCGUACCGAAGCACCUUGUGGGUCACGUGACGAGUAUCUUACAGAGUGCACGAGCUAUGCAGGGCGACGAGGCGGCGUUUCCAGCUCAUCUUGUGUCGCUCGAGGCAUUCGAUGAGGUGGUGAUCUCGCCCAAGUUGGUGGUGCGCGCAGUGCCCACGACGCAUCGCGUGCCUAGUCUGGGCUACAUUGUAUACGAGAAGAAGAGCGUGCUCAAGACAGAGUACAAACACUUGACACGUGGGGAACAUGCAGCACUCAAGAGGUCAAGGACCGACGUUAAGAAGGUCGAAAUCACGCCGGAGAUUGCGUACACGGGCGAUACUACCAUCGAGACGUUCGUAAGAGCAGCAGAAGAUGAGCGGAUGAUGGACUUGCUGCGUGUGAAGGUGCUCAUUACGGAGGCCACGUACGUUGACUCGGCAAUGAAGGCUCAAGACGCGGUGGAUCGUGGCCACAUGCACUUGGAUCAGCUUGGUGCAAACGCGCACUUGUUUGACCAGGUCGGUGCGCUGGUGCUCGUUCACUUCUCGGCGCGCUACAAAGCCAAACAUGUGGUCAAGAGCGUCAAUUCGCGAGUUCCGCCAUCUCUCCGGCAAAAGACGAAACUUGGCUGCUAG